UGUUUUUUUACUAGCGCGCCAUCUAUGGUAAAUGUGCGAUUAACGUCAGCUGAAAUAUUGAGCUCAUUUUGAUACACAAUGGCGGAGACCGAGAGGGACGUGCAGCCCGUGGAUUGUGCUAUCAUCCACAACAUCUACGACAAUGGCAGUGCGAGGGAGCACUUUGAAUUUGAGCUGGACCAGGCCCUCGAGGCCAAACGCAGUAUCAUCAUUAUAGAACCCGCUCACCUGGGAGACGAGACCGCUCGUUGGAUCACAGUAGGGAACUGCUUGCAUAAGACAUCCGUCCUUUCUGGCAUGGCUUGCCUCGUCGCGCCAGCCCUGCUCCCUAAUCAGGCAGUAAACUUUGUCACCUUCCCGACGGGGACUGUAAGUGUGGCCUGCGCUCUUCUAUACGGAGUGUCGUGGCAGUCGGACCCAUGUUGCAAGUAUCAGGUAGAGUACGACACAAGGAAUCUGUCACGGCUUCCACUUCAUUCCCUGACAACGGCCACGCCCGUAGUUCUGGUUCGGAAAGACGAUAAAUACAGGAAAGCCCUUCACAACUUGGUAGCCGGGCUAGCCGCAGCUCUACUGGCGUACAAAGUCUACCAAUGGUGCAUUCGCUAACACAACGUUCAGAAGAAUCACUUUUGUUAGCAUUUUCAUUCACUCCUAUCGCCUGAGGAGGUUCUGAACUGUUGGUUAGAGGAGCUUGCAAGGAAUAACUGUCAAAGUGAGUUCUGUUAUGAUGAUCAGGUCGACUUGCCAUUGCCCAGAUGAGAGGAAGGAACGUAGAGAAAGAAGGAAUAAAGAGAAAGAUGAACUGUUCAAAGAUGGAGGAGGAUGGAUUUACUGUUUGAUGAGCCUGGAAUUUAUUCUCUGAUUGACUACUCUUGUACUUGUGUGUCAUUUUAUGUGUUGUUUUGUUAAAUGUAUUUCAAAGGGUGUGUGUUUAAAAAUUUGGAUGAUGAAUAAUUGUAACUUAUUGCAAUCAGGUUUUAUUCAAGGAGACAUCCUAUGAGAGGCCUGGGGGGGGGGGGGGG